GGGUGAUGAUGGAUCGGGUUGAUCAUGGCUCUGUCGAGGGGAUUGAGAUGGUGUCAGAGGAUUUUCUCCUGGAUUCCCGUUAUCAUUAUUUCAUCUGUAGUGCUUUGGUCUUAUUACGCUUAUGUUUUUGAACUUUGCUUCGUGACUCUCACAAAUCAUCUGGAGAGAGUGGCCUAUCUAUUGAUAUUCCAUGUGUGCUUUAUAAUGUUCUGUUGGACGUAUUGGAAGGCCAUCUUCACCCCACCCUCUACGCCAUCUAAAAAGUUCCAGUUAUCAUACACUGAUAAAGAGCGAUACGAGCUGGAGGAGAGACCGGAUGUACAGAAGCAAAUCCUCGCUGACAUUGCCAAGAAACUCCCCAUCUUCACACGCGCUCAAUCAGGAGCUAUCAGAUUCUGUGAUCGUUGUCAAGUGAUAAAGCCGGACCGAUGUCACCACUGCUCCGUCUGUGAAACAUGUGUUUUGAAAAUGGAUCACCAUUGUCCAUGGGUUAACAACUGUGUCGGCUUCUCCAACUACAAGUUCUUUCUGCUGUUUCUGUCUUACUCCAUGCUGUACUGUGUGUUUAUUGCAUCAACAGUGUUUCAAUACUUCCUCAAGUUCUGGGUGGGAGAUCUUCCCAAUGGCCCUGCCAAAUUCCAUGUGCUUUUUCUGUUGUUUGUGGCUCUCAUGUUUUUCGUCAGUCUCAUGUUCCUCUUUGGCUACCACUGCUGGUUGGUGGCUAAAAACAGAUCAACGUUAGAGGCGUUUUCUGCACCAGUGUUUCAGAACGGUCCUGACAGGAAUGGCUUUAAUGUUGGGCUCAGCAGAAACCUCCAGCAGGUGUUUGGGGAAAAUAAAAAGCUUUGGUUUGUUCCAGUGUUCACAAGUGAAGGGGAUGGGCACUAUUUCCCCCUGCAGACCAUGCGUGAAUCUGAGAAUCCUCUAUUGGCCAAUGAGGAGAAAUGGACGGAGGACGGAGGAUCUGAUGAAGAAAGUGCAGAUGAAAACGGCCCUUCACUCACCAUCAGGACUGAAUCAUAAUUAUUGGAGAGGAUGUCUACUAGUGGCAACCAUCACAUAUCAAGAGUAGUUUAAGAAAAGCACCCAUGCUUGAAUGAGACAACAGCAUUCCAAAUCCUAGAUCAUUCCAGGAAAGCAUGUUUUUAGAGAGCCAAAUAUAUUGGGAACAUUGAUUUUUCUUUUGACGCUGAUUAUUUAGAACUUGUGCUGAAUGUUAACAAACAUAUGACUAAUCUUUUAUGAAAAGGAUCAACUACAGCACAAAAACUGACAUUAUACAUGAUUCAUGUUGUAAACCUGUUGGACUGUUUAUUACAAAUAUACUGAGAUGUAUGUAUAUUGAGAAUAGACACACAGCAACUGACGUAUCUCUAUUGUAAAAUAGGAUAGACCAACAUGAUGUAUUUCUAGGACGUUUUCGAUCAAACUCACGAAAACUAUUACAAACAUGUCCAUGGCAUAUUACACCCCAACAUCAAAAGAAACAAGUGAGAAAUAAUAUUGUGCAUAAGAUCAUAUUUAGAACCAUUUAAAUGCAUUGUGACAUUAUUAUCAAGACAAUUAAUCAUAUUUUCCCAACAGUUCUUAUUACCGUAAUGCAAAAAAAAUUAUAAAUAAAUCUCAUUCUCAUUUCUGCAAUGCAGUUAUUUUAAUUAAUAAAGUAUUGAAAUAACUUAGUACUUUUAGCUUGUUUUAUUUAUGCUAAUAUAAACAUUGUAUUACAGUAAUUAGAAUCACCAUUAAUAAUAAUAAUAUUUAAUGUAUUAAUAAUAAUUAAUAAUAUGUCUGGAUGCAUUAUAGUAACAAGAAUUUUGUGUGGGGGGGGGUUAUCAUGAAAAACAAUAUGCACAAUGCAAAACAUCCAUAAUGGUUCAGAAAUACUACAAAUUUCAUUAUGCAAUAUAUCAUUUCUAAUUUAUUUUUAUAUUCAUAUUAGGGUGAAAUGUGACUUGGAUAUGCUUUCAUAAGAUUCAGUUGUAAAGAAAUGAAUCCUAUGCAUUUAUCCACUUUAUACAAUUAAAUCACUGAUUUUUCCUGGCACAUUUAUUUUAUGUUUUAUUCUUAAUGACUAAUUCGGACUGUGACUGUUUUCCUGUUGUUAAUAGAGAGCAGUUUCAUCAAAUUUUUCGUUUGCAUUGUGAUGCAAUAUAAACAUAUUUUCAUACCUCUCUCUGUAUAUAACUAGGAAGGGACUUCUGAGAUCGGUAUUGAUUAUGACUUAGUUGUCUCCUUCCAUGUAAAACACAAUACAUGAUAUUUAAUGUACUACAUGGACAUAUAAAACCCAUAAGGCUGUUUUAAGAUCGACUGUGGAACUGUCUUGUGAGGUGCUACCACAAACAAUAACAUUGUUGUCCUGUAGUACAACAGAAAUAGCAGUAUCUUAUUAUGUCCUAAGUGGGUGAGUGACGCUUAUGAAAUGUGUCCAAGCUAUCCUGUUUGAAAGUUAUUGUAUGUAUUUUUAAGAGUCAUGUAUGUGUCUUCUUCCAAUACUGUAAUUGUAAUGAAUUGAUUUGUUCUUCAUAUUGUUCUCACUUAUGAGAAUCCUAAUUAGCCAAUGCUUAUUGGGUGAUGCUUACUAAACCUGUCAAGAAAAUGAGCCGCUCCUAUUUGACUACAAAAUCACAAGAAACAAAGAAGAAAUUAUAUUUUUGCAAAUAGAAAACUAAUAGAAGAUUCUUUUUUUUACAUUGUGACAUCAUUUUCAUGACAGUUACACACAUUUUACACCCCCAUUAAAAAAUGACUGUAAUUUAAAAAGUUAUAUAUUAUUUAAAUUGUGAAGAAUUUAUGCACAACGUAGUAUUCUUGAUAUCUUUGCAAUAAGGGGAAUAAUAUAAGUAAAACAUCCAGACAUGUUGCGAUAAUGAGAAUUGGGAUGUAUAAUGUGCUUAAGAGUCCUGAAAAUAAUGUUACAAUGCAAAUAAAUAUCAAAUGUAGAGUUAAUGUUCUCAAAUGUAAACUUCAUUUUCUUUAUGCAAAAUAUAAUUUUAGAUUUUAUUACAUUGAUUUGGUGUUAAAUAUGACCAAUGAUGUUUUCUUGACCGGUUUCGUUCUAUUGCUCUAUUGUUGAUUUGCACUGACUUUAUAAUCUGAGGGUAAUUAUUGCUUUAUUUUACUGUUUUCUUACAAACACAUUUUUGAGACUUAUUUAACUCCAUAUUCACUAUAUGUUCUGAUUGUUAUAUGCUAAUGUUUUUCCCAAUGGUUCAAAAUAUGUAUUGUUUAAAUGUUCUGUCAGAUCAUUAAAUAUCAAGAUUCUUUGCAGUCUUUUCUUACUUAGUGAACUUUACUUAAGCCAAUUUUUUGGGAAGAACUAAGACUUAAAGGAAUAGUUCACACAAAAAAAUACAAUUAUAUAAUAAUUUACUCACCCACAUGCCAUCCCAGAUGUGUAUGACUUUCUUCUGCAGAACACAAAUUAAGAUUAUUAUUAGAAUAUUUCAGCUCUGCAGGUCCUUACAAUGCAAGUGAAUGGGUGCCAAAAUGUUGAUGCUCCAAAAAGCACAUAAAGGCACCAUAAAAGUAAUCCAUAAGACUCCAGUUGUUAAAUCCAUGUCUUCAGAAGUUAUUUGAUAGGUGUGGGGGAGAAACAGAUCAAUAUUUAAGUACAGUUUAGCAUUUUUGCUAAAAAUUCUUCUCCUUGCCCAGUAGGGGGCAAAUGCAUGAAGAAUGUGAAUCACCAAAUACACAAGAAGAAGAAGGUGUAGUUAAAGUGGAGAUUGACUGAGCAGGGAGGAUAAUUUAUCAUAAAAAGUGACUUAAAUAUUGAUCUGUUUCUCACCCACACCUAUCAUAUCACUUCUGAAGAUAUUGAUUUAACCAUGUGAUUUCUGGCACCCAUUCACUUGUAUGGUAUGGACCAAAAUAACUGAGAUAUUCUCCUAAAAAUCUUCAUUUGUGUUCUGCUGAAGAAAGAAAGUCAUACACAUCAGGGAUGUCAUGAGGGUGAGUAAAUGAUGAGCUAAUUUAAAAUUUUGGGUGAACUAUUUCUUUCAAUCUUGAGAAUAAUGUCACAAUACAUGUUAAUGUUCUCAAAUGUAAACUUCAUUUUCUUUAUGCAAAAUAUAAUUUGAGAUUUUAUUACAUUGAUUUGGUGUUAAAUAUGACCAAUGAUGUUUUCUUGACAGGUUUUGUAAGAAUCGCUGAGGUUGAUCAAUGCUUCAUUUUACUGUGUUUUCUUUCAAACACAUUUUUGAGACUUAUUUAACUCCAUAUUCACUACACGAAUGUAACGCGUGUUUUUCCAGUGGUACAAAAUAUGUAGUGUUUGAAUGUUCUGUCCGAUCAUUAAAUAUCAAGAU